CAGUUUGCAAAUUUGCUGAAUAGAUAUUAAUUCUAAUAUUUCCUUUUCUUUUUCUACUGUAAAUAAACUAAAUUUUUGUGAAAAUGUCGGCAGAGGAUUCGCUGAUAAAGUCGUCGAGGUCCCUAACCAAAAUAGAUACUGUGGAGGACUUUGAGAACCAAGAUACGCUAUUAAAACAUGUUGAUAUAUCAAUUGUGGAGUCUGAGAAGCGAGCUAACGGCACGUUGCAUGUACGAGACCAUUACACUGUUUACUUGAUUGACUUGAAAGUGACAGAUCCAGAUUAUAAAAUUGUUCAGUCCAAGAUAAGUACAAUAUGGAGACGUUAUACAGAGUUUGAACAGAUACAUGAUUACCUGCAGGUCACAUAUUCACAUGUUGUGAUUCCACCACUGCCAGAGAAAAGGGUGCUAUAUGCAUGGCGCAAAUCAGACACAACUGAUCCAGAGUUCAUAGAGAGAAGACGGGCUGGUCUUGAGAACUUCCUCCUACGUGUCGCAUCACACCCGCGUCUAUGCUUUGAUGAUCAAUUCAUUAAUUUUCUUCAGCAGGAACAUGGCUGGCGAGAAACUAUCACUGAUAGUGGAUAUAUACUACAAGCAGAGAACAAAUUAAAAUCAUUAUCAGUAUCAAUAAGACUGAAAAAACCGGAUCCAGAAAUCGAAGGCGUUAAAAAUUAUGGCAAACAGCUGGAAACGAAUUUAGGAAAUUUUCUGUAUACAAGAUCAAAAAUUAUAGAGAAGAACUAUGCACUGUGUAAAUUGCACGCCAACUAUGGAAAGCUGUUCAGCGAAUGGAGUGUUAUCGAGAAAGAAAUGGGCGAUGGACUGCAGAAAGCCGGACAUUAUUUUGAUUCAAUAGCAGAUUCGAUUGAAUCGGUGGCUGAAGACGAGGAGCAGUUAGCCGAUCAACUCAAAGAGUAUUUCUUCUACGCGGCCGCUUUACAGCAAUUGUGCGCAAAUCAUGAAGCAUUGCAGCGGGCGUUAGAAAAUGCACACGACGCCCUUAACAAUCGGAUAGCAGAGCGAAACCGAGCCGCGGCAGGCAAGUCCGGGAUCAUGUCCCGUAUAUUCGGCACUACCGACCCGGACAUCGUUCGGGACCAAAGCACGCGCGCGCUUGAUGCUAAGAUCCUCGCCGACAGAGAGGCCAUCGAGAAAGCUAAGAGAGAUUUAGAGGACUUCACGAAAAAGACCUCAGUCGAAAUUGAGUAUUUCCAAAAGCAAAAGGACAAAGAUUUGCACGAAUCACUAGUCGGUUUUAUAACACUACAGGUCAAAGCGGCGAAGAAGAACCUGCAAGCGUGGACACAAAUCAAAGAAUGCCUUCAGAACAUGCCCUGAGCGGUGGCACAAAAUGGCUGAACACCAAAUUACCUGCAAACUAUUUGUAUAAUUACCAUUGAUAUACAAAACCCUAGAUUUAUUACAUUUAGAGUUUCCGAAAAUAAAAAUAAUCCUAGGACCAUGGUUUAUAGCGAUGUGGGAAGCCUUCGUUUGUGUAUAUUUGUUUAGUCGGCUAUUGCAUCGCAUUAAUCUGUGGCUUUUAUUUAUUAGUUGCGCGAUUUUCUUAGGAUGCGUUCGGGGUGUUGGCGAUUUGUUGAAGGCCAAUACCAAUUUUUAUUGGGUACUAGGAAAUACAUUAGGGUUUAAAACAUUCAAGAUGCGAAAACACCUAUUUAUAAAAAUUGAUGGGGAAUCUUACAUCUUACCUGCGCAUUGUAAUUAUGCGCAGGAAUGUUUAUUCCUCGAACCGCUACUCAGAAAAUACUUUUAAAUCAAAUACUACUACAGUUUUAACAUUCGUUACGCCACCUAAAUCACAGUCAUAAAUUAUAGCAUUUUUUAUUAUUGUUAAAGUUUAAAUUUAGAAGUGAAAAAUAUUAUGAAAAAUUGAGAAAGUUGACGUGAUUGUACAGAUUAUUAUUAUUGCAGACACAAAGUCCUAAAAAACUGGGCCCUGCAAACUGAACUUGUAUAUUUUGUAAUAUAGAGUAUGUCACUUUCGACAAAUACAUGUCAGACGCAACUAUAUAUCUUCGGGUUUUUUAUAUCAAUGAUUAUUACUACCUGCUAAACCUAUCAAAAAAUUUUAUAUUAUCACCUUUUUAAAUAGAAACUAAUAUAUUAUGGAGUUUUUAAACAAUAUCGUUUUGGCUAUAUUAAGUAGAAUCAUGAACCAAUUUGAAUAAUUAGAUCUAUAUUUUAGCUAAAGCUGGGUGUGCAUCAAUAAAAAAUGUCGUCGAUUUUGUCGUCAUAACCUAGCGUAACGUUUCUCGCCUAUUAUUUUUGUCAUAUUCAACGCACACAAAUCACUGGCGGUUUUUUGACGAACAUGAUAUUUUUCUUGUAUUAAUGCUAAUAAUGUAGGCUUUAUUGCAUCCGACUCUCCCACUCGUAGAGAUCUUAUGGAGAUACGUACACGUGCACGACUUUUCUUCCAUAUAUUUAUGUCACUUAUUUGGGUAUCAAAUUAAUUGACAGCAGUACAUAGUGUUCCUCAAUAUAACAACUUUCUUGAUUUAACAAAUUCUUCGUAAAUACUUGAAUUGUGUAUAGUUAUCAUCAUCAUCAUAUCAACUAGAAGACGUCCACUGCUGGGCAUAGGUCUUUUGUAAGGAGUUCCAAAUUCCACGGUUUCGACCUCAUUGGGACCAACGCUGCGGUCACCAGUGCUGGGCUGCCAUUCCAGCACCUUGGGACCCCAACAUUUAUCCUUUCUACUCCGCGACUCGUUGAGCAAUGUCGGUAGCUCUGGUUUUCUACGGAUCUCCUCCAUUUCUGAUUUGAUCACGUUGAGAUACUCUGAGCAUAGCUUUCUUCAUCGCCCGUUGAAUGACUCUGAGACUUCUUAUGAGGCCCAUAGUCAAUAAAAAAUUUCCGUAACAUUGCGAACGAACUCUUUCUUAUGCAUAAUAUAUAAUAACUAUCAAGGAAUCUUGUUAACCUAAAAUCUUGUCUUGUCAAAACAAUGUUGAGGUGAAUAAAAGUAUUUUUUUUUUAUCUCAAUAUAACAAACCGAAACUUGAUGUAUCGAAUAUUAACUAGUAUCUUUCCGAUUCUUUAUAUCGAGGUUGCACUUAAGAUAAACUCUUCCAAGGUCACGGUAAUAACUUAACGCACUCGCUUCAAAUGAUCCAUUGCGUUAUAUAAAAUUGUUAAUACAUUUGCAAUUGUUUUUAUCUUAUAAAAGUGGAAUGAUGAUGUAUAAUUAGAAACAGUUUUUACGCAUUGCUGAUCUUGUAAAUAACUAAUAGAUUACAAGCUAAUGCACGCGAGUGCGUCCUCAAAAGUUCAGAUUUUUAAUGAAUGAUCUCAAGAAUUAAAAUAAUAUUCCAAGUAAAAAUAUUUCAUUAUUCAGCGAAACAUUUAUACCACGUGUAGUAUUCAUAUACAUAAUUUUUUGUCGAUGUAGACCCAGCUUAAGAUGACGCUGUAAAUGACGUCAUAAAAAAAUUUAACGUAGGGUAGUGACAGCUAUUUUUGUACCUUACUUUAAUCAAAUUGGAUUACCCUUUAUGUAAAUUACAAAAUUGAAAAUUAUAUA